AUGCCUGUGCCUGCACACAGAAUCGAAAUUCAGUACAUCACAUUCUCCCCUGAGACCGCCCACCCGGAGCUGUCCGUCACUGAGGACUCCCUAACCCUGGUGAACCAGCCUCCUCCUGACAUGCCUAUGCCGAGUAACGUCCGUUUCGAGACUGAGCGUUGCUGCCUUGGGUUCCCGGCCUUCACCUCCAGGUGCCACUACUGGGAGGCGGAUGUGGGAGGUGGACUGGAGUGGGCAGUGGGCGUUGCUUCUCCACAGCUGCAAAGACAAGGUGAUGCCUACAUGUUCCACCCCCAGGCGCUGAUUUGGUGCAUCGCCCGAUUUACGGAGACCUUUAAAGCUUUGGACACGCCGGAGAGUCCACUGGCCAUGGUGGAGGGCACCUUGGAGAAGGUUGGAGUCUACCUCAAUCUGUCAGGUCCAAGGGAGCUCACCUUCUAUGACCCCCAAAGCUGGGAUGUUCUCUAUUCCUUCACCAAUGUGGGUCGGGAAAGGGAAAGUGUCCUGCCGUUCUUCUGGCUUGGCAGAAAUGGUGGCAGCAUACAGUUACAAAUGAACCAGUUGCCUAUAAACAUGGAGGCUGUCCAAGAAUUUAACCAUUCAGUCUUAAAGUAG